AUGAAACGUGCAAAUGAAGAAGACGAAAUUAUAGUUAAGGAGGGAGAGAUUAAGCAGGAAUUGGAACCGGCAGCAUUAAAUCAAAAUUGUGAAAAUUCAGAAGUUCAAAUUGUCAACAAUGAAGUUGAGAAUGAAGACUUUAAGGAUGCUGGACCAGUAAAUCCACCGAAACGCAGACGUAAGAAUGAAGAAGAUGCUGAAAUACGUUUGCUGAUAUCUACAAAAAUGGCUGGUGCUAUAAUCGGAAAAAGUGGUCAAAACAUACAGAAACUUCGAGCAGAGCACGACGCAAAAAUCAAUAUUAUUGAUUGUAAAGGUCCAGAACGUAUUUUAACAAUUGUGUCUUCCUUGGAUAUAUGCUAUAACGUUAUUCGAGACAUCUUUAAACAUUUUGAACCAUCAAAAAACAAUGAGUACGAUUUGAGAUUUCUCGUCCAUCAAAGUUUAGCUGGAUGUAUUAUUGGAAAAGGUGGAUCGAGAAUAAAGGAACUAAAGAGUCAAUUUGGAUGUCACGUUAAAGUGUUUUCAAAAGUUGCUCCUCAAAGCUUCGAACGAGUCGUCCAAAUUAUUGCAAAUGAAGAUAAAUGCAUUCAAUGCUUCACCGAGAUUAGUAAUCUGACUAGUUCGAACAAUAUAAGAGGAGCAGUUCGUUUUUAUGAUGCACAUAAUUUUGAUGAACAAUAUGCUGACGAAUAUGGCGGAUUCGGGAUUAAUAAUUCACGAAAUGGAAAUCCAACUUCUUUCCAACGUUAUUUUAAUGAUGAUAAGAUCAGCAACAACGAUGAUAAUAAUAAUAAUAAUCGUGGUAGGUUGUAUAACGAACGUCCGAGAGAUAGCCGAGGAGAUAAUCGUAGAAAUGUCAAAAGCCAAAGCAAUUUUGUUGAUCCUUGGACAUCGAAUUCUUAUGGGAAUAAUCAGAUAAUGCCACCAAUGAAUAAUUUUGGAACCAGCAACAUGUCGAAUGAUUUUAUAGGCUUUAACAGUUUCAUGAACAAGCCUGAAGAGACCUCAACUCAAGUUACAAUUCCUAUACAUCUAGCUGGAGCUUGUAUCGGUAAAGGAGGCAACAGAAUUCGAAGUAUUCGGAACGAAUCAAAAGCCUAUAUUAAAAUUGAUCAACCUCUUCCGGGUUCAACAGACAGAAUUAUUACAAUCACUGGAACUCCUAAGCAAAUUGAAACUGCACAAUACCUUCUCCAAAGAAGCGUUCAAAACGGAAUGAAUUAA